AUGGCAUUGUUUCUCGCGAAAGGAAACAGCAGCACCGAUAUAAGUCUACGGCACCAACUCAGUGCAGACGACUCGUACACCCUGGUGACUCUGGUCCGCACUUGCCGAGCAUCAGGCAUGUUUCAUUAUCUGAAGAUGAUUGAACAGUACAGCCCAGCAACACCAUUGGCAAUGAUUUGGGUCAACGUGGAAGAAAUCAAACGGUUCGGAUUGGCGCUUUAUAAAGUCUGUCGAUUGAGUAACUUGGCUGUUACGGCGAAAAAGAGUCGCAACACACGACAGGACCUGCUAGGCCUGGCAGACCUAAACUUUUGUAUACCAGACAGCGACCGAAUUUGGGGGGCUCCAGCGGUGAUGGACGAGCAAGACCGCCAACUACUGAUUGCGCUAGUGGAGCGGCGAGACAAUUCAGACCAGAAGGUGUGGAUCUCAAAUGCGACGCGGAUACUCUAUGAUGAUCAGGUUGAUUUUGAAUGGGCCUAG